UUGGCCCUGUUGUAGGCGGGCUUUGAGGACUCUCCACUGCAGGAGCCUGGCUGGUCGUAGUAAGGCAGCCACUGGAAACUAUGGGUGAAGCUGAAGCAGUCCCAGCCGACGAAAAGCAAGGGGAUUCCGGGAGCUGUGCCGCUGAUGAGUCGGUGGUGUGGAGUCAGGAGGUGGAAGUGUGUCUUUUUCACGCCAUGCUGGGUCAUAAACCUGUCGGGGUCAACCGUCACUUCCAUAUGAUUUGCAUUCGUGAUAAAUUUAGUCAAAACAUUGGGAGGCAGGUGUCUUCAAAAGUCAUCUGGGAUCACCUGGGGACAAUGUACGACAUGCAGGCACUGCACGAGUCUGAAAUACUGCCCUUUCCCAACUCAGAAAAGACCUUUGUGCUACCUGAGGACAUAAUACAGGAUGUUAAAGAAGGGAAGGUAGGCUCAGAGGACGACUUGAAAGAAGAGUUCAAAGAAGAGAGGGACCUUUCCGCCACACAUGAAGAAGGCAGCAAUUCUUCAGUAAAGACGGAGCGCUCGGGCAGCGGGCGAGAGAAAGAGAGAGAGCGCGACAGGGAGAGGGGGGCCUCGGGUGAGUCGGGUGGAGGAUCGAAGGAGGCCACGGGCGAGAAGAGGAAAAGGAACCGCGCCACGGACAAGACGCUCGGCUCUGGCAACCCGUCCAGCCCCGGGGGAGCCAAGCGCCGCAGGACGUAGAGACGGCCGGCGGCGGGCGACCUACAGACCAGAGGCACAUGGAGAGGCUGGCUGGUUGAGACUGAGAGAAAUGGCAUGCACUAGCCUAAUCUGCAGUUCAGAUGAGGUUGAGGCGCGAAGAUCUGAGAUCGUUAGAUGUUCCAGCAUUUGAGGUUAUUGCAGAAGCUCACAGUGAUGAGAGGAAGCUGUUGUGCUUCAUGCAUACAGAGCAUUUCGCAGAAGAAAGGCAGAACUCUAGAAAAAAGUAUCAGGAAUUGAAGAGCAGUGGAAACCUGUAGACUUGCAUCCAUGUCAUUGCUCAUUUGGAAGGUUAGAAGCAGAUGAAGUCGUGUUCUUUGUUAAUGUUUUUUUCCAUCUUAAACAGAAUUUUUGUGUCUUAAUUUUUUAUGUUUUCCAGGUAAUCUCAUUGUGAAUUUCCACACCUGAAAAUGUGUCUUUUUGAUUGAAUUGCUGCAACAGGAAGAUAUGAGUUGCGUUCCAAAGCCUAGACUGCAGUCAGCAUCAUAGCAGCCUGUUCCAAAGUGAAGGACCCUUCAUAUACAACCUAGAAAUGCAGCCUACGUUCUGAGUGAUUUCAAGGACGUAGAUGUAUCGUUCCAGGCCUUCGGUUACCCACAGCUCUCUGUGCACAAACAACGCGAAGGAGAACAAAAAACACCACGAAAACGAAGCCGUUGAAGCAGAGUUUGUUUUAAAAUGUAAGUUGUUCCCGUCCUUGAAUUCGUCUUCGUUACCCUAUAAAAUGUAAAACGACUGAUUAAUUAAAGCAUCUGUCCAUAUAUCGUAUAUCGUCCAUAUAUCAUUUUAUUUAGAAGUAUUUGUAUGUAUGUAGUUUAUCGUACUACAUAAGAACAUCUCAACAAAAAAGCAACAAACUCGAUGCAGCGGCUCCAUUUUCUCUCACCAGUUCCCUCCCGAGUUUGGCGCCGCUCUGGUGGCGUCACCACGCAUCCUCGUUAGGACUGAUCCAUUAGUUUGACCAAUAGGCUACUAAGGAGGAGUCUUCAUAGGACAGUCCUACCAAGGAACCGCACUACCUCAGCUGCAGCCUAGGCUCUGGAACGCAGCUGUGGAGUCGUAUUGCAUCAUUUGGCAGCUGUUGGAAAUAUGAAUAUGGUCUAUGUUGGUUAGUUAGAAUAUAUGGUAUCGUAGUGGUCAGUUAGUAAAGAGAUUUUUAAGUACAUAAAGACAUGGACUCAGUUUGGUUUUGAUGUUCUCAUGAGGCUCUGGAUUUGUACUGAAUGACUGCAUAGUACGAGGAACCCAGCCUUGCUUGUUCUGAAGGUACAUACACCCACAGUGCUUAUAUACUUCAGUCAUACACUAUAGCUGAAAUUUAUUUUUUUCAUAUGUGAUUGAAAAACACUGUUGAACACUGUUACAUGUGCCGGACUAUGCAUCACCAUCCCUUACAUUCUGUUUGUUGAGGAGAAAUGUGAUUUUUACAGCAUUGUUUUACUGUAUUUAUUAGUUCUAAAAGCCUUGUUUCUAAAAGGUGUAAACCUUUUAUUAAAUCAAGCUGUAUUUUAACGUCA